CAUUGUGCAACGCGGCCUCAUUAACAGUCUGGUUUGAGAGUGAACAGUCAGAGAUUGCACUAGAAGAGUUUCACAAUGCACAAAAUCCUAAAUCUUCUUCCUAUCACGUUUGAUCAUGCUGAAGCAGCUAACCUUGAUGCGAGUGAGCACGAAGUUCACUUUUUAUACGCUUCAGAAGGUACUAUUGACACAGAAAUGACAGCGUUCGCUUACGGCAGUUACUUAGCACAGCCUGAUUUUUUGCUAUCCUACGUUGAGAGAGCUGUUAGUUAUGUGAAAAAGAACGGAAUAACAGCCAUCAUAUUUAGCCACGAUAUGGCGUCUGUUGUAGCAUCGGUGGUCUGUGAACAGACUGGUUUGCCAGGUCCUUCUUUGGAGUCCACAUUCCGUUGUCUUCACAAGUACUACUCGAGAAAGACGGAAAAUGGAAACCUUUGGUUUGAUUACAUCCACAUGGAUAAACCGUCUGAAGAGUGGAAAGGCAAAGUCCGUUAUCCUUGCUUUCUGAAGGCACCCUUCCUGUGUGCAAGCAUGGGACAUUGUUGUGUCACGAAUGAGGCAGAAAUGGAGGUUGCCCUGGUUAACCUCGAGCGGUUGGUAGCGCCUUUUUUCACGGGAUACUGCGAGUUUUUUCGACGGUACCUCGAUCUCGAAAAGUUUCCGCUGGCGGUUGAGAAUAUCGCAGCGGUGGAAGAGCUUGUGGAAUCUUGCGACCAAUACUGCUUCGAAGGCUGGAUGGAUAACAAUGGCAACUUUAAACUGUGCACUGCUGGCUUUUGUGAAAUUUCUCGAGAAAAGGCAGGGCGGGUUCUUCACUGGAUUAUUCCACAGUUCAUCUCAGGCGCCGUCGACGGGGAUACAUACAAGAAGCUAGUCCAGUAUACAGAAGAGAUGGCUCAUCGUUUUGGUGUCGCCAGCACAUUCUUCGACUUGGAGUUUUGGCAACAGGGAGACGAGUUGACUUUGAUAGAAAUGAAUUGUCGAAUGUCAUAUUCACUAUCAGUGGCUUACAGAAAGAUGUGGGCUGUGAGCGCAUACCAGAGCGCGGUUCAGCUUGCUUGUGGCCAAACCGCCAAAUUAAUGCAAUGGAAACCGUCUGCCCACCACAAAGACGGCGAACCGAUUUCGGGGCAAUUCUUUGUGUUUACCAGUGGCGAAGGCAAGGGGAAGGAUUUCAUUGAUUUCGAGUACGCUAGAGUGGGAUGCAUCUCAGACGGUGUUUACAACACAAUGGGCGCGGCCAUGACGAUAUCUGUUGAAGAAGAAUCACCGGUAAAGCAGACAUCGACAGUUGGAGUACGAUUGUGUGAUUUUCUGCUCACGGAUAGCAGCGCGUCUAGCCUUUUUCAACGCGCAAAUGAAGUAAAAACAAAACUUCUCCUGCGGGAAGAAGACCGGGACCCUCUUAAGCUAUUAUAAAUUGCUGUUCCCCCAAAAGAAGAAACUGGUUUCAUGCUAGUUUAUAGCUUUAAGACUAAUUUUUUCAGACUUACAUAUACAAAGAGCUAUUGUUAUACCCUCAUUCUGAGAAAACAAUGGUACACUGUUUGAUGUCAUUGUCUUUUUUUGAUUAAUUAAGAUCCUUAAUCUUAUACACGCGGACACGCAUGAUUAAUUGACUAAUUCAAAAAUUUAUUACGACAAUCAGUAUAAU